CAAGAUGUGGAUAUCAUGUUUGUUCUUCCUUUCUGGGAGCUGAACUUGAUUAAAGAUCAGCAGUACAGUCUGCUUGGACUUCUAAAUUUCCACACAGAACUAGACAUAGGCAAUGCAAAGAAACUCACUGCCUGUAAAUCUAUGUUCAUCUUGGAUGGUUUGGAUCAGAGCAGAUUUCCAUUGGAUUUCCAGCGCAACAAAAAGGUGUCUGAUGUCACACAGACAUCGUCUGUUGAUGUUCUGCUGACAAACCUCAUCAAGGGGAAUCUGCUUCCCUCUGCUCUCCUUUGGAUAACCUCCCGACCAGCAGCAACCAAUCAGAUCCCCCCUCAGUGUGUUGACCAGGUGACAGAGGUACGAGGGUUCAAUGACCCACAGAAGGAGGAGUACUUCAGGAAGAGAUUCAGUGAUGAGGACCUGGCCAGCAGAAUCAUCUCACACAUAAAAACAUCAAGGAGCCUCCACAUCAUGUGCCACAUGCCAGUGUUCUGUUGGAUUUCUGCAACAGUCCUUGAACACAUGUUGAGUACAGACAAGAGCAGAGAGAUGCCCACGACUCUGACUGAGAUGUCCAUACACUUCCUGGUCAUUCAGACCAGCCUGAAGAACCAGAAGUAUCAUGGAAGAGGUGAGAUGGAUCAAGAGGAGCUCGUGGAGUCAGAUAAGGAGAUUAUUCUGAAGCUGGGGAAGCUGGCGUUUGAACAUCUGGAGAAGGGUAAUCUCAUGUUCUGUGAAGAAGACCUGAAAGAGUAUGGCAUUGAUGUCAAAGAAGCCUCAGUGUACUCAGGAUUGUGCACACAAAUCUUUAAAGAAGAGUCUGUGUUCUUUCAGAGAGUGGUGUACUGCUUUGAUCAUCUGAGCAUUCAGGAGUUUCUCUCAGCUGUCUACAUAUACCAUUGUUACACAAACAAGAAAAUGGAUGCACUGAAGCCCUUCCUCAAGAGAAAGUCUAGAGCUGCGUAUGAAGAGCUAACCUUGGAUGAGCUGCUGAAGAGUACCGUGGAUAAAGCCUUGAAGAGUAAGAAUGGACACCUGGACCUUUUUGUCUGCUUCCUUCAUGGCAUGUCACUGGAGUCCAAUCAGAAACUCCUACGAGGUCUGGUGACACAGACAGAAAGCAGUCCAGAGAGCGUUGAGAAAACGAUCCGAUCCCUUAAGGUGAUGCAGAAGAACAUGUCCCCUGAGAGGUGGAUUAAUCUCUUCCACUGUCUGAUAGAGAUGAAAGACCAGUCAGUCCAGGAGGAAAUCCAAGCAUACUGGAGGUCAGAGAACACAUCCGAAAUCCUCACACUUUCUCACUGUUCAGCACUGGCCUACAUGCUGCAGAUAUCAGAGGUGGUUCUGGAUGUGUUUGACCUGAAGGAAUACAAGACGUCAGAGGAGGGCCGUAGGAGACUGCUCCCUGCUGUAAGAGGCUGCAGGAAAGCUCUAAGUAUUCAUGUCAAUAUCGCAUACCAGAAUAAAUUGUAGUUACAGCAGCAUUUU